AUGAAUAACAAUUACGGCAAUAUAUCUUACUGGGACGAGCGAUACACAAACGAAGAAGAGCAAUUUGACUGGCAUCAAAAAUGGUGUAGUGUAAAGCACAUUUUCUCAGAGCUUAACGUACAAAAUGACGCAAAAAUCUUAAAUGUCGGUUGUGGGACAUCAAGAUUCAGCGAAGAUAUGCUAGACAAUGGCUACACAGAUAUAACGAACAUCGAUGCAUCCGUCGUAUGCAUAAAUAAGAUGAAAGAACUGUACAAGGACAAGCCGAAUUUAAAAUACAUAUUAAUGAACGUGUGCGACAUGAAGGGAUUUAAAAAUGCAGAGUUUGACCUAAUCGUGGAUAAGGCCUGUCUAGACUCUGUGGUUUGCUCGGAAGAUUCCCUAAAAAACGUCGAGGAAAUGUUGUCCGAAGUAUCGCGCGUGUUAAAGCCCGAAGGUGUCUUUGUUGUCAUAUCGCAUGCUCAACCGACUUAUCGACUAGGGUAUUUGCAAAAGCCGGACUACAAGUGGAACGUCGCGGUGAAAACAGUUAAACGGCCUAUGUUAGGGAUAGUA